UAGAUCCGCACUAUCGUGCAGAAGUCGACUCCUAAUCCUAGAAUCUUGUGCCAGUUGGGGCAUGUCGACAGUUGGUUGCAUUCUGGCACGAAAAUGACGUGCAUGUGCGUGCACGUGCCACUUCGUCUUAGCGCUUAGUUGCUUCGGCAGACGCUAAUCCGCGGUGAUCGUCGAAUUCUUGAGUCUUACUACACAAUCAGGUGUCUUCCAUUCGCUGUUGGUGUCGCUUGGGGUGUGAGCUCGCUGUCGAAGAUGUGAAGCCUUUAUCCCCGUCGUUCUGUGGAUUUUCUCCAGUAUUUCACAAGAACCGGCAACAGGCCAUUUUGACUGUUGUUUCCUCGUCUUUCUUAGCUAUUCUCUGGAUGUAUCAUGCAAUCUCCACGUAUUGCUGUCUGAGAUUGCUGCUUGGAUUUGGAAGCUGAACUGUCGCUGCAUUGCGUCGUAGUUCAGAAACGCUGUUCGCUCUGAAUUCCAGUCGUUGGUAUAGUAGGAGAUCCGUUUGGGCGGAAGUUGGACGUCGCAACUAAAACAUGGAAAACUCCGUGAGAAAGUCACCGGCAUGCUGCAUAUCGUGGAUUCUAUUGUUGGCGGCGAUGUGUAUAUGCAACUGCGCCGUUCAAGUUUCAGGCAGAUCGUUUGGUGACUGGAUGUGCAGUGCGAGCGGUCGCUGGAUCACAAAGGGUAACUUCAAGGACUCGUCGUAUGCGCCGUUCAGCUCACCGCAGGUGAAGACGGGCUCGUCGGCGUGUCGCAAUCGCUACUUUCCAAACAUGAAGUGCACGUUCCGUUUCCUGGCCCCCGCCAAGCAUUUGAUAUACGUGGAGUUUGCCAGCGUGAGUCUGGACGGGCGCUGCAACGAGGACUACAUCGACAUUGAUAUGCGUCACGGCGUGAGACGCGUGUGCGGCAAGCCACGACUCACCUAUGACAUCACCGACGGUGGCGAGAUGACGGUGACGUUCCGCAGCAACCGUCAGAACCAGUGUGCCGGCUUUACCGGCUACUUCACGGCAUUUCUGGACGAUUCUGCUGGCCGUAAGCGACGGAGUUUAUCGCAAGAGGUCCUGCUCAGCCGCUUGAAACUUCUCUACACCUCACAGGACCUCGUUCACAGGGCAUUGCGGAGCACAGCAGCAACAACACACUACAAUACCCGCUCCGUCCAGUCACGGCAGUACACCACAAGAUACUCACUGCUGAGACUCAAUUUGAAGAUGAUGUUGUUCCGCGAGCGCAAGCUACCCUACUUGAUGAGCUGUCGGAGCCGGGUGAUGAAAGACCUCUGGGGCCAGUCGCCGUGUGCCAUCUGCAAGCGCAAGGAAAUCUACAACUGCCGCUGCAGAGUGCCGAGUAGCUACAGUGGACGGCGACGCCGAAGAAGCAGCAGCAGCAGCAGUGCCCUGGCUGAGAUGCAUGCGAUAGUGCGCACGCGUCGACAGAGCGAGGACUGCAGAUGCCGGAGAUGACGACGAGGGGAGAGCGAGCCGGGCACGGCCGUGUGUUAUGCGACGACGGCUGCAGAGCAAUGCAAGCCGUUGAAGCACUGCUAACACUGUCGCUAGCUCACCGGUUAGACGCUUGGUGGAUGUGAAGGGAACACAGCGUAUUGCUGCUGCUGUGAAAGCCAAUCGUUCCAGGCCUCUCGGCAUGUCACCACCACCACCACCACCAGAGCACCAAUUGCUGAGCACACAAAUGGCUGAGCCACUGCCCUGCACCAAUGUACACUGUGAUACCACACGAGCGUCCGCGCAGGAAAAGCUGGCAGCACCGUGAACUCGUCGAAGUCACCACCACUGCCAAUACCACCAGCACCACCAGUAGCAUCAACACCAGCACAGCGUAGAGAAGAAACCAGAGCGAUGCAAAUGGACACCACCAGCAUCAUCAGCACAACAUAGAGAAACCAGUCUUACCAGAGCGAACCAAAUGGACACCAGCACCAGCAGCAUCACCAGCACCAGCAGCAUGACCAGCACUGGCACAACAUAGAGAAACCGGAGAGAACCAAAUGGACGCCAGCACCACCAGCACUCUAUCAGCACUGAGCAAGCGCUCCAAAGCGAGUCCUGCACACUCUUGCACUGGCAGAGACACUAGCAAGGGCACGGCAGCAUCAGCCUGCAGUACAGUCAGCACACUCACACACUCGCAGGCACAAUCCGCACAGCACGGCACAGCACGGAAGGAAGGCUGCACACAUAGUCAUUGCAUCAAUGCCCCAACUGGACCCGAGCACCAAGCAGAAGUGACCCACAAACGGUAUAUGGGCAUCAGAAUCAACAAAUGGACCAGCCACACCGACAUUGUAGAGUUAGUUGUACUAGUUGUUGACAGGCCUUCUAUGGCCACGAGCAUUAUCUUGUGUGUGCGUGCGUGCACAUGCACUCGUGUCCAUCAACGCUGCUUUAGUUUCGUCAUAGUAGUCGUGAAGUCAAGCCUUAUUCCAAUUUCAUCACUAACAUUGCGCGCAUGUUAUUUAUUAUACCCCCCCCCCCUUAUCGCUGUUUGCCCCAUCCCUUGAUAGUUGACACCCGCACCCUGCUCUUGACUUUCUCUUACCACAUGCAUACUGCAUAUGUGUACAGUCAACAACACACUGCCAAUGCCAGCACAUUAUCAUCGUAGCAAAGAACACGUUGAGAUAGGAACCACUGAAACUUAUCUUGAGUUUUGUCGAGUAUCGGGGAAAGAAACAUCAAUGAUUAGGCACGGAGCAAGACGAAU